GGUCAGCAUUUGCUAAUCAUUAAGUCACGUUAAGUAACAUUUUAUUGCAAUUCCAGUAUUUGAGCCAGUCGUCAAGUCACGCAAAUCGGAGUAUAUUGAAACCCUCUUGAGUGUACACGACGAUUUAUGAAAACAUAUAUUUAGGGAGAAUCGAUUGCUUUUAGGUCCAAAUCAAGAUGUUCCACACAUGUGGACCCAAUGAAGCCAUGGUGGUGUCUGGCUUUGGUCGUUCCCCUCCACUAAUGAUCGCUGGAGGAAGAGUGUUUGUCCUCCCCUGUAUUCAACAGAUCCAGAGGAUCACUCUGAACACCCUGACUCUGAAUGUGAAGAGUGACAAGGUGUACACCCGUCAUGGAGUGCCCAUCUCUGUCACGGGCAUCGCCCAGGUGAAGAUCCAGGGUCAGAACAAGGAGAUGCUGGCCACAGCCUGUCAGAUGUUCAUGGGGAAGUCUGAGGCUGAGGUCUCCAACAUCGCCCUGGAAACACUGGAGGGGCACCAGAGGGCUAUCAUCGCCCAUCUGACUGUUGAGGAGAUCUACCAGGACCGUAAGAAGUUUUCUGAGCAGGUGUUCAAGGUGGCCUCCUCUGAUCUGGUCAACAUGGGCAUCGGCGUGGUCAGCUACACGCUCAAAGACGUUCACGAUGACCAGGACUACCUCACCUCCCUGGGUAAAGCUAGGACAGCUCAGGUGCAGAAGGAUGCCAGGAUCGGAGAGGCUCAGUACAAACGAGACGCGGUGAUCCGUGAGGCCCAGGCCAUGCAGGAGAAGGUGUCGGCCCAGUAUCUGAAUGAGAUCGAGAUGGCCAAAGCACAGAGAGACUACGAGCUGAAGAAGGCCUCCUACGACUACGAGGUCAACACCAAGAAGGCGGAGUCUGAGAUGGCCUAUCAGCUGCAGGUGGCGAAGACGAAGCAGCGGAUUGAGGAGGAGACGAUGCAGGUGAAGGUGGUGGAGAGGUCUCAGCAGAUCAUGCUGCAGGAGCAGGAGAUCACCCGUAAGGAGAUGGAGCUGGAGGCCACGGUGAAGAAGCCUGCUGAGGCAGAGAGAUACCGUCUGGAGAGACUGGCUGAGGCAGAACGUGCACAGCUCAUCAUGGAGGCUGAGGCAGAGGCAGAGUCCAUCAGAAUGAGGGGCGAUGCUGAGGCGUUUGCUCUGGAGGCUAAGGGUCGUGCUGAGGCAGAGCAGAUGGCUAAGAAGGCUGAGGCCUUUAAACAGUACGGGGAGGGAGCUAUGGUGGACAUGCUGCUGGAGAAACUGCCACUGAUAGCAGAGGAGAUCAGCAGGCCCCUCUCCAUGGCCCAGAAGGUUACCAUGGUUUCCAGCGGCGGCGGUGAGGUGGGUGCUGCCAAGCUGACCGGAGAGGUUCUGGACAUCAUGACCAGACUACCAGCUGCUGUGGAGAAACUCACUGGAAUCAACAUCUCACAGGUUGGCCUGUCCACCCGAAUGGGCUGAGAAUGGAGCCCAGUGACUGAGACAGCCUGCACCGUCAGACCAGGAACUCCAUACUGCCUCCUUGUGCCUAUAAUUACUAUUACCUAGUGUAGUUGUCUAUGUCUGCAUGCCUGUCUGCAUGCCUGUGUUAGCACGGUAGUCUUUCUUAGAGCAUGUGUCAGCACUCUCAUUGGCACUGAUCUGGAAACAAAGGAUGGGUCAAAGCUGUAUGUUGUAGGCCUACUGUGGGAGUUUGUCUCCUGGUCAUUCAUAUCUCUGUUAGAUCAGCUUGGAUAAAGGAAAGCACUUUGGGCUAGCAGGACACAGCCUUAGUAGUUCUGGUAGCAACGAGCCUCUUUUCCCCGUCUGUUAUUCAGUGUGUUUUAAUCACUGCUUCAAGCCUGCCUUUCUGUCUCCCUCUAUUACAGGUUUGGGUCCAUAUAAACUGUUCCACUAUCACAUAGUUGUGUUUUAGUUGUAAUUCAUAGUAUUAUUUCAUUGGUUGAGAAAGGAUGUUUUCAUUCUCUUCUUUCUUUGUUGUUCAUAGGAAAUAAUCGUGUCAGUAUGAGGUUUGUCAGUUGCUUGUUUUGUCGACAUUUGCAGUUCUAUAAGGUAGUCUGUCUUGUUCUGAGCAUGGUUGGCUAGCUAGUUGCUAUUAAUUGCUUUGCAAAUGAAGAAGAAAUGCUCUUUACUUUCACUGUGGACAUUUCUUUUUUUAAACUAAUUGUAGUACUGGUAGUCAUGUUAUUAAACAUGUUCUACCUGCUUAUGGAUUCUAGUACCUCUGUCUACCAACUUAUGGACAGUGGUUUUCCACUAUGUGCUCCCCUGACAGUAGAUCCUAGAUCAGUCUACUGAAAUCACUAGCCCUCUAGAAUGGCCAGUGCCUUGUUUUAAAGUCUAAUUAAUCAUAUCAAUACAAGCCAUAUUACAAUAGAAGCCAAGUUGCAUGCAGAUAAUGCUGAUUUGUGAUCUUUUUGCCAUGACCCUGCCAUAUGUGUGGGAUGUAAUCACAAACUAUAUGAUGGGUUGGCACUAAACCUCUUCUCUCUGUUGGUACAAUACUGGCAUAGACACAAUCAAUGGAGUACUGAAUUUGAUGGUAUCUAAUUUUCCAUAGCAAAAUAAAAACAAGGAACUACAGAUUCUCUGUUACUAAAGUGUUAUUUAUCCAACAGACAGAUUGUCAUGUACACCAUUAUGGCUUAGUUCCAGUGUGUUUCUAAACCCUAGACUUAUUAGACAGACAGGCCUUCGAUCAGAGCUUCUACUGUGCUAUAUAACUGUAUAAAGGUGGAGAUUUUCUGUGAAGUGAUUGGAAGGAAGUAAGUGGGUGGGAGGAGGGAGGGAGCGAGCGGACUGGGGUUUUCCUGCUGAAGACUAACCUCCGAGGUCUCUUUAUCUAGGUCAGGUGUACUGUCAGUCACGUGGUGUCUGGAUGUGCUGUUUGAGGUGAAGUUGUGCGUAGGAGAGGGUUAUGGCGAAACUAGCCUGGGUGCCAGUCUGUUAAUCAGGAGCUAUCCUUUUGUAUCGUAAUCUUAAUCUUAUCAUUAGACUGGUCUUAUUUUUCCAGAUUUUCUAUGUGGUGCUGAUCACAUCCCUGUUUGAUCCUUUUUGUAGUAUAAGGUUUGUUAGGGACUGGUUCUAUACCAUAGAAAUAGGAUCCUUCUGUGUUCUAUACCACCACUCAGGAUUCUAGAAGCUACUUCUCUCUAGCUGAUUGUAAUUCCCCAAAGCUUACAUGCUCUCUGGCUGUCUAUGCAUUUUGUUACCGUCAAGUGCCUGACUAAGUUGAAAGAUUCCCAUUUCUCUCAACCCAAAGGCUAAACUUUCACCGCACGUUAAACAUUGUGACAACCUAUAGAGGCAUGCUAUGUUCUAAAGAUAUUAAUGAAAGCCAAUUUCACCAAAACAAUACUACUUCUUUCACUUAUGCACACACCUGUAUAUUAUGUCAUAAUGUCAAUGAUUUGUGACUUUGAACCUUUUUCUGUCCUGUAUCUGCUCUUAGUUAAAUAUGGUUUCUAUGA